UUUGCGAAUGAAUGAUUAUAACCAAUUUAGUUUGUGAUUAUAACGUUUGUAUUUUCCUUGCAGUUUGAGCAUUUAUUAUAUGAUUCGUAAUUUAUCUCAUUUUGUGUUUGUAAAUCUAUCAGAAAGUAGAUAAAUGUAGAGAGCCUGUAACUAUUUGAGCUAUUGUGCCCUAGUAUGUUUACUCAUUUUAUAUUCCGUUUACUAUCCCCCAGCCCAUUUAAAUGUAUUCGAAUAAGUUAUUCGUCUCAACCACAACAAUUAAAAGAAAAACAUGUUACUAAAGUGGUUAACGUAGCUAUCAUUGGUGCUCCAAACUCUGGAAAAAGCACAUUGAUAAAUAAUAUUGUGGAUAGAAAGAUUUGUGCCGCAUCUAACAAAGUGCACACUACAACCAAGAUGAUUAGAGCAAUGUGUUUUGAAAACAAUACUCAAAUUAUAUUUAUUGAUACUCCAGGUGUAGUGACUGAGAGGGAACAAAAAAAAUAUUUAUUGCCAGAAUCCAUGAUGAAAGCCUGCCAUAAAAGUCUGAGAUGUGCCAAUGUCAUAGGUGUGGUUCAUGAUGUUGCUAAUCGCUUCACACAAGACACUAUUCAUAGAGAUGUUAUCGAUAUGCUGGAGGGAGUUAAAGAUAUACCUAGUUUCUUAAUUCUGAACAAAGUUGAUAGAUUAAAAUCCAAAAAGCAGUUAUUGUCUAUUAUAAAAAGCCUUACUAAUGGUCAAAUAGCUGGCAACCGAAUACCUGAAGGAAAAAGACAUAUUUAUAAGAAUAGAAGGAAUGACAAUGAAGAAAAAAUUAAGGGAUAUAGCCACUUUUCUGAUGUCUUUUUAGUGUCAGCAUUGAAUGGAGAUGGCGUUAAAGAAAUAAAGGAUUACCUGAUUGGCAAUGCGAAGACAGCUUCUCUUCACUAUUCUUCAGACGAUUGGACAGACCAAACUCCAGAGUCACUUAUAGAAGAAGCAGUUAGAGCAAAGUUUCUGGAUUUUCUAUCACAAGAAAUUCCUUAUAAUCUGAAAACUGCCCUGGAAUACUAUGACGAUUCAAAAGAAGACAAAAUUGUUUGUUCUGUGUCAGUCGAAUGUCCUUCUGAGCGGAUUCUCAAAUUGAUAAGUGGGGCUGGAGGAGGAAGAUUGAACCAAAUCAAAUCUUGUGUCAGAAACGAUCUAGUAGAGCUUUUUAAGAAACUAGUUGUAAUAGAUAUAAACCUGAAUGUGAGACACAAACCUGAAGCGUAAAUGUUACUUUCAUUGUUAAUAUAGAUUUUUAUAAAUGUUACCAGUUAUUUUAGUGAUUUUACCAUCAACAAGCGCACGCAAUGCUACACUUGCGGUAUAAUACCGGUAGGACUAGGUGGGAUACAAAAGUUUUUCUAUUUGGUCACCUGGUAGACUGGUAGAAAAUGCCAAAAGUCAUUAAGUCCGCCCUUUGUAAAU